AUGGCGGGGGAAAGUAUACCUGUGGGUUGUUCAAGAUUACUACAGAUUCAGAUUAUUCACUAAAUGAAUGCUGCUCCAAAUAUAAUGGGUAAACUUUUAACUGCAAGGGGACACAGUUGAAACUCUCACUUUACCACCUUGUCUAAAUCCUUGGUGAGCAAGAAACGUCAUCGAUUUUGUGACGUUUGAAGCCUUUCAGGCAGCAGCCGAUCAAGGAAAAAAAAGCCAACAGGCAGCAAUGAGUGAUGGUGGAACACGAAAGUAGUCGAGGCAUUUGUGGAAACAGGAAGCAACGAGGGAAAAGCAAAGGAUUAAGUCAGGCCGUUCGGGCGUCAGAAAGACACACCUUGUUGAAUGUUUUUUAUACCAUGAACUAUAAUCGCAAACGCCUUUAACAUUAUGGAGGACUUUUGGCGCUCUCCACUGAACUCGGAAGCAAGUCUACAUUGAGCGUUGAGUCGUUGGAAUUGACGCACAAAUGAGAGACGGUGGGGGUUUCAUAAGGGGCAGCGACGCAAUCUUGGCGAUUAUGUUAGCUUGCUAGCAACAUGAUCUGUUGUCAUUUGUUUAAAAAAAAAAAUAACAUACGUAAUUUUGAAAGUUUUGAUUAUCUAGCUAAAAGGAGCGAAUCAAUGUUUUGCGAAUUUAAUUCUCAUAUUUGCUAUAAUUAAAUUAAACAUGACUUUCCCUCAAACAAACAUUCCUACCCGUUAGCUUCUAGAUAGCUAGCUCACCACUGUCAAUAACCAGCUUCUGUAGCAUGGAGGGAGAGAUGCAAGUGUUACCAUCGGAUCACUGUUGCAUAAUAACAAAUCGGUGUUGUAUCUGUAAAUCGCAUCCAUCUCUACCGUGUCGCAAAUCGACUUUUGACACCUUCGUUCAGUGCGCUGACAUAAUGGACGUAAUUUGAUUGACGGAUAAAAUAAAAAGGAAUUUCAAGACGAGAUGGAGUCUAACCCCUUAAUAAGUGCCAUGGACCCGUCCAUCACGUUGUGGCAGUUCCUGCUGCAUCUCCUCGAGGACGACAGCCAUAGGCACCUCAUCUCCUGGACCUCUGGGGAUGGGGAGUUCAAGCUGCUGGACGCAGAGGAGGUGGCUCGCCUCUGGGGGCUCCGCAAGAACAAGACCAACAUGAACUACGAUAAACUAAGCAGGGCGCUGCGAUACUACUAUGAUAAGAAUAUCAUCAAGAAGGUGAGUGGGCAGAAGUUUGUCUACAAGUUUGUAGCCCACCCUGACCCUUCAUCAGUGGACUGUGUCAGAGGCGGUGAGGAUUCUCAGCAACAGGAGAAUCUUGAUGCAGCGGGCCAGACCAAGUCCCCAGGAGGGGGGUCUUCUAACUGCCCCUCCAAGAACCUGCAGAUGCAGCGGUCCUCUCCAGUCUCUGUCCAGCGCAGCUCUCGCAACGACUACAUGAAGUCAGGGCUCUACUCCACCUUCACCAUCCAGUCCCUCCAAGCCCCCUGCAGGACCUCUCCACAGCCUAUAAAGACUGAGCUGCUGAAUCAGGACUCUUCCCCCAGACCCCACAGCGCUGAACGGACACUGCGGGAGGUGUGUCUGGAUGGCCAGAGCUCCUCCAUGCAGGGCUGUGGCAGCGUAGAGAGUAGCCUGCAGGUCACACUGACUCAUCCCUCGCCCUGCGCCACGCCUGCCCUCAGCCCCCAGACCUUGUCAGUGUCAACCACAGGCAGCUCGAAGUCUCAGCCACAGAAGACCCAGAACCUAUGCGACCCUCCUCAGAUCUAUCUGACCAGUGUGUCGGACCCUGGCUCCCUCACUCCUCUGACCCUGACCCCUGUUGCUGCACCUGGGGCCCCGGGGGAGUGUGUGGUGAACCAGCCUCAGGGCCACCCUGUCUUUGUGGUCAUCAAGCCCUCACAUUUGGUGCAUUCCAAAGAGCAAAACCUCACGUCUGAAGAGGAACUGGUGAAGAUCAUGACCUUGGGGGAGAAACAUGUUGUAGAGGUUCCUGAAUCUGCAUCAGGACCAAGGGAACCUGAAACCCCCCUCUCCAUUGAUGUCCUCCCACCCUGCGUGGAACCAGUGGGCCAGCCUGUUGGGGAAGGGGAGGAACAAGGCAAAGAUGAGGCUCAUUUACCAGAAAAUUCCAUGACUCCAGCAGUUGCUCUUCAAGCGGCUACUCAUCCAGCCUGGUCGCCCCAGGAAGUACAACCCCCGAAAGCCAAGAAGCCCAAAGUCCUAGAACUGCCCUCUUCCUCAACCCUCCUACCCCCUGGUCUGUCACUGGAUCAGGUCAAUGCUGCCGUCAACAGCCUUCUGGCCCCUGGAAGUGCCACCAACACUCUGACUCCUACAGUGUUCACCUCCCAUUCUCUGGUAAGUGACAUCUCUGGCCUGGUCAGUGCCACAUAA